AUGUUGGACGCAUUCGAAAUCAUCACCACCUCCGGCGUGGUGCUUUGGUCCCGGUCUUAUGCCCCGGUGGGCUCGCACAUCGUCAACAGUCUUAUCAGUGAAGUUUUCAUUGAGGAAAAGGUUGUCCCAACGGACGGCGUGUCAACGGCAUUCAAGAAGGAAAAAUAUACGUUGAAAUGGAGACGCGCAAAGGAUCUGGGGCUCAUGUUCGUGGCCGUCUAUCAGUCGCUUCUCCAUCUUAGCUGGGUAGACAAACUGCUGGACAAUAUUGCGAUCAUUUUUGCGGAUAUUUACAAGGACCAGUUGAAGUCCGCCAGGGCGAGGAUACACGAAUAUCCAUUUGACAAGUAUUUUGACCAACAAGUCCGCGAGUUGGAGGAUACAGCCGACCCAUCUAUUGAUGAGUACGCUGGCUCAUACGAGGACGGCAAAAAGAACCCCCUUGUCUCGUCAGAUAAUGGAGGCCCUCCACCACCACCUGAGCCUUCCCUUCUCAUAGCGCAGCAACAGGCUGCGCAUCUGGCGGCGGCGACUUCCAACGAGAGCUCGCCAGUCGCUACACCGCAAUCCUCGAGAUCUGCGACCCCCUCCGCAAGCCAUAUCAUUACAGCCAAAUCCGGCCCAGCAGGCCGGGUGUCUCGACGCGCCCGCAAAGCUGCCAAUGCGAGUGCCAAUGUCUCCUCGGGAGAUGAAAGCGUGCGGAAGGGAAAGCCUUCAAAGGAGAAGAAGGCUCGAAAAUGGACAGAUGACGGAUUUGCGGAUGAGGAUGAUGGAGUCAAUCUAGAUUAUUCGGCUGCUGCCACCGAUGAACAUGUAUCGGCGCCGAUAGUGGAAGCUGUGGCCCAUGAUACCUGGGGUCGAAAGACCGCCAAGGGACAAUUCGUCCUGAAGGACUUGGGUGAUGAAGUCCAUUCGAUUCUAGAUAAGGCGGAUGCUGAGAAGGCCAAAGCUAAUGGGGCCAGUGGUCUUGUCGGGUCGAGCUUCAGUGCCAUUGGCGGGCUUUUCCGCAACAUCGUGGGUGGGAAGACUUUGUCAGCGGAAGAUCUGGAGAAACCUUUGAAGGCCAUGGAAGACCACCUUAUGAAGAAGAAUGUUCCGCGUGAAGCAGCUCUACGAUUAUGCGAGGGGGUGAAGCAGGAGCUUGUCGGAAAGAAAACGGGAAAUUUCCAAAGUGUCGAUGCCGCGUUGCGAGACGCUACAGAAGCUUCUCUACGGAAGAUUCUCACGCCGACAUCAUCUUUAGACAUGCUACAUGAGAUUCAAGCUGUUACCGCACCCACUGUUAAAGGGCAAACAUCGCGUCCUUACGUCAUCUCCAUUGUUGGCGUUAAUGGUGUUGGGAAGUCGACGAACUUGAGCAAGAUCUGCUUCUUUUUGUUACAGAACAACUAUCGCGUAUUGGUAGCUGCCUGUGAUACCUUUCGAUCCGGUGCUGUUGAACAACUGCGUGUGCACGUGAGAAAUUUGACAGAACUGAGUGCCAGAGAGAACAUUGGGCAGGUUGAACUUUACGAGAAAGGAUAUGGCAAAGAUGCCGCCAACGUCGCCAAAGACGCCGUCACUUACGCGGCCGCAAACCAGUUUGAUGUCGUUUUGAUCGAUACUGCAGGACGCCGACACAAUGAUCAACGUCUGAUGUCCUCGUUGGAGAAAUUCGCCAAAUUCGCCAACCCGGACAAGAUUUUCAUGGUUGGCGAAGCCCUGGUUGGUACGGAUAGUGUGAUGCAGGCUCGGAACUUCAACCAGGCUUUUGGACCCGGGCGCAAUCUCGAUGGCUUUAUCAUUAGUAAAUGCGACACUGUGGGCGACAUGGUGGGAACGCUCGUGGGUAUGGUGCAUGCUACCGGCAUCCCUAUUGUGUUUUUGGGAGUUGGUCAGCAUUACGGUGAUCUGCGAGGUUUAAGUGUCCCAUGGGCCGUUGGACUUUUGAUGAAGUGA